AUGUCCAUACCUUGCGAAACGGCAUACAUGGAUGACGUUAACCUGUGCUCCAUGGACCGUCAACAUCUAGCGUGCGCACUAACAGAGGCAAAUGUAGUGUUCAAAGAGUGGAACCUCAACAUCACCCCUACCAAGACCGAUCGGACCCAUCUAUACCAAGAAGAGGAUGUUGAAAGAAGAGGUGAGGAACGAUGGAGGUCCACCCGGUUGCUUGGUUCACUGUACGGAGUAACAGAAGACCUGAAACGCCGGCGCCAGCAAGCCGCAGCUGCCUUCAACACACUUGUCAACCUGUGGAUGCGGAGACAAGUUAUCUCUGAAGCCACCCGCCUGAGGUUGUUUGAUGCAUUUGUGCUAUCUAUUUGGACCUACAACUGUGGCGUGUGGGUGCUUUCAUCCCGGGAUGCUACAGCAAUGCCUGCGUUCCACAGAAAGCAGCUCCGCCGUCUAUUAGGCAUAUCUUACCCGGAAAUUAUCUCCAACACAGACCAGCUGCAAUGCCGAGCCAAUAUCAGUACUAAGCAGAAGAGCACGGUGGAAACUGUUUGGUCAUAUUCUACGCAUUCCUGA